AUCACUUCCGGAGCAGAUGCCCAGGUCACAGGAAGUUACCAGUGACAGGAGGCGUGACGUCACAACGCUCGUUACCGCUCCGUAGGUGUACGUAAAGUAAUAGGUAAUCAUGCCACGGAUAGACAAUGAUAUCAAACUUGAUUUUAAAGAUGUUUUGCUUAGACCAAAGAGAAGCACUUUGAAGUCUCGCGGUGAGGUGGAACUUUCUCGUUCUUUUACAUUCAGGAAUUCUGGUCAGAGUUAUCAAGGAAUUCCAAUAAUUGCUGCCAAUAUGGACACAGUGGGCACCUUUGAGAUGGCAAGAGCCCUCUGCAAGUUUUCUGUCUUCACAGCGAUACAUAAACACUAUUCAGUUGAAGAGUGGAAGGAAUUUGCUGCCACAUCCCCAGAAUGUCUUGAUAAUGUGGCAAUAAGCUCUGGUACAGGCCAAUCUGACUUUCAGCAACUAGAGAAAGUAUUAAUGGCUGUCCCUCAGAUCCGUUACAUCUGCCUUGAUGUAGCUAAUGGAUAUUCGGAACAGUUUGUCCAGCAUGUGAAAGAUGUAAGAGCCAGGUUCCCUAAGCACACAAUCAUGGCUGGGAAUGUUGUAACUGGAGAAAUGGUUGAAGAAUUAAUCCUUUCAGGUGCAGAUAUAAUCAAGGUUGGAAUAGGGCCAGGUUCUGUGUGCACAACCCGGAAGAAGACAGGAGUUGGAUAUCCACAACUGAGUGCUGUGAUUGAGUGUGCAGAUGCAGCACAUGGACUGAACGGCCAUAUUAUAUCGGAUGGGGGUUGUACUUGUCCAGGUGAUGUGGCCAAAGCUUUUGGAGCUGGAGCUGACUUUGUAAUGCUGGGGGGUAUGUUGUCAGGACACACUGAAUGUGGAGGUGAAGUCAUUGAGAAGAAUGGGAAGAAGUAUAAAUUAUUCUAUGGCAUGAGUUCAGAGACAGCCAUGAAGAAGCAUGCUGGUGGUGUGGCAGAAUAUAGAGCUUCUGAGGGAAAAACUGUGGAGGUCCCUUUCAGAGGUAAUGUGGAAGAUACAAUUAAAGAUGUACUUGGAGGAAUUCGAUCUACCUGCACCUAUGUAGGAGCUGCCAAGCUAAAGGAGCUAAGCAGAAGAACAACUUUCAUCAGAGUAACUCAACAACUUAACCCCAUAUUUAGCAACCCAUGAUUCUAAUCUCUUUACUAAUUAACAGUUAAAACUGUAGACACUGUUGCAGACCUUUUUUAUUUCAUUGUAUGGAUUUUAUUUAAUAAUACAUGUUGACAAUUGGUUUAGUUGAAAAAUUUGGAACAGAUUGUCUUUUGUAGCUUUAAUAUCUUAAAAUAUAAAACAAGCUUCUAUGCUCAUUUCAAUAAACAUGUUCUCUGACAGGUCAGUCUGCAGAUCCUGACUCUCCUAUCUAAUAAUUCAUCUAAGCAUCUUUCAACCAAAUAAACUUAAAGGGGUACUUAAGAAAAAAAAAA